AUGUGGAAAAAGGGAAAUCAAGGAGAAAUACUUUGUAACAACUGCACAGGGAAAAGCAGCAUCAGCGGCACAUCAGGACCUCCUCUGUCCACCACAACACAACCCAGCAAUGGCGGGGGCAAGCAGUCCAAGCAGGAGAUACACAGAAGAUCUGCACGUUUAAGAAGCACAAAGUACAAGGCUCCGGCGUCUGAGAAGAAGGUCUCCACAAAAGGAAAAGGGAGAAGACACAUAUUUAAACUUAAGAAUCCAAUCAAAGCACCGGAAUCCGUUGCAACAUUUAUUACAUCUGAAUCAGUGUUUUACAAGGGGGUGUACUACCAGACUGGAGAUGUGAUCAAAGUAACGGACGAGGAGGAUGGAAAAGCGUAUUAUGCUCAGAUACGCGGAUUUGUUCAAGAUCAGUAUUGUGAAAAGAGUGCUGCGCUGACAUGGCUCAUCCCCACUCAGUCCAGUCCAAAAGACAAGUUUGAUCCAGGAACUUACAUUCUUGGUCCAGAGGAAGAUCUUCCCAGAAAGAUGGAGUAUCUGGACUUUGUGUGCCAUGCGCCCUCUGAGUACUUCAAAUCUCGGACGUCUCCCUUCCCAACUCUUCCCAUUCGUCAAGAGAAAGGCUACAUUUGGACACACAUAGGACCAACACCGGCUAUCACUGUCAAGGAGCCCAUCAGUGGCACUUGCUGA